GAACAAAGUUAGGGUUUUUUCAUUGCUGCCGUUCCCAAUCGCCCAUCAUUGCUGCCAUUCUCGUCGCCCAUCUGCUGUUCCCGUUGCUUCCCGUCGCCUAUCGUUGCCGCUGUUCCCGUCGCUUCCUGUCGCCCAUCGUUGCUUCUUCCCGUCGCCCAUCGUUGCCGCUGUUCCCGUCGCUUCCUGUCGCCCAUCGUUGCUGCUCUUCCCGUCGCCCAUCGUUGGUGCUGUUCCCGUCAGGUAAGACCCCAGCUGUCGUGAAGACGCCAGAGAGAGGUUUUUGCUAGGGUUUUAUUCCGGAGAAAAGAAAAAAAAGUCAUUUUCUUUUGCAUCGCCGAAGCUACCGCACCGCCUCUAACCUCCUUCAUCUUCUCCAUCGGUUUCGUUACUACAGCUCUUCUGGUUUUAUUAUAAUUUCAAGUGUACACAAUGGGAAGAGCAAAAAAAGGACCUAAAUUUGCAGCAAUGAAGAAGAUAAUCACCUCAAAAGCAAUUAAACAUUACAAAGAAGAGGUUUUGAAUCCUAAGAAAAAGGACCUCUCCAAGGACAAGCUCCCCAGAAAUGUGCCACAAGUUUCUUCUGCGCUUUACUUCAAAUACAACACCGCGUUGGGGCCACCCUACAGGGUGUUGGUUGAUACCAACUUUAUCAAUUUCUCCAUCCAAAAUAAAUUGGAUUUGGAGAAGGCGAUGAUGGAUUGUUUGUAUGCAAAAUGUACACCUUGUAUCACAGAUUGUGUGAUGGCAGAACUUGAGAAGUUAGGUCAGAAAUACCGUGUAGCUCUCAGGAUUGCUAAGGAUCCACGCUUUGAGAGACUUCCCUGUAUUCAUAAAGGGACUUAUGCUGAUGACUGCAUUGUUGACAGAGUUACUCAGCAUAAAUGUUAUAUAGUUGCUACAUGUGACCGAGAUUUGAAGCGGAGGAUACGCAAGGUCCCUGGUGUGCCAAUCAUGUACAUUACACAACACAAAUACUCAAUUGAGCGGUUGCCUGAAGCAACAAUGGGUGGAGCUCCAAGAUUUUGAGACAUCAUACAGGAAAAGGAGAUGACGGUUUUGACACCUCUAAUGAGCUGGGCUGUUUUCUUCCAUCAAAAGAUAGUAAUAGAAUUUGGCACCAGAUCUAUAAUAGUUCAAAUCUCUACUUUGACAUUUUGCUUAUAUCGUCCUGUAAUUAUUUUUCUUCUUAAUUAAUGACUUUCAGCUUCUGUACUGCUUGUUGGAACGGAAAGGUCUUACUAAUGUUUUAAAGUCUUGAGUUGAGAGUUGCA